GCGUCGCAGCGAUGUCUGGUCGUGGUAAAGGUGGCAAAGGCCUCGGAAAAGGCGGCGCUAAGCGCCACCGCAAGGUUCUGCGUGACAACAUCCAGGGCAUCACCAAGCCCGCCAUUCGUCGCCUGGCCCGGCGGGGCGGCGUAAAGCGAAUCUCGGGGCUCAUUUACGAGGAGACUCGCGGGGUGCUGAAGGUUUUUCUGGAGAACGUGAUCCGGGACGCUGUCACCUACACGGAGCACGCCAAGCGCAAGACGGUCACCGCCAUGGACGUGGUCUACGCGCUCAAGCGCCAGGGCCGUACUCUGUACGGUUUCGGGGGCUGAGUCCGAACUCGCACGCUCGCUUUGUGCAGCAAAACCAAAGGCCCUUUUCAGGGCCGCCCACUGCUUUUCGGGAAGUGCUGUGUGCAGUUUCUCAUUUUUUGUUUGUUUGUCGUGUCUUUGGGUUUAACUUCAGUAUUGCUUUUAACAACUAAACGCGGGAAGGUGACUACUAUAGUUGUCAAUCAAUCGUGUGCAGACAGGAGGUGCGACACCUUUGAAGCAUCGGGAGGAGAGACUUCUGAGGGCUCAGAUAGGAAUUAGUAAACUGGAGGAAUCUCUACCCGCUCCGGAGAAGCAGAUGAAGUGAAGAAAUGGCUAAGUUAUAUCAAGACGACGUGACAGCAGGUUGCCAGGCUUUGGAUAGACCUUGGGCUGAUGGUCCCAAGCAAGAACAGUAGAUAUUGCUUAUCUGGAUGAAUUAGCCCUUCGGCCAGAUGGGUAACAUUCAUAUCAGUAACUGCCGGACCCUCCCGGAACCGGCCAUUCCCGGAGGGGGAGGCAGGAACAAAAACAUUGCUCUAAGGUACAUCUGAGAAAAUAUAUAAGACAGACCUCAGUUGGUAGUGUAAUGUUAAUUAUUAUUUCAUCAUUUGGUCAUUUGUCAUUGGUGAUUUCUCAUCAUUCUAACAUUUUGAAGACUUCGAACAAUGUGCAGCUUAUAACACCAGGGGAUGUCCUCACUUCCAGCCGCGAACUUGUUGGCAUCUAGAAAACUUGUAUGCAGCUUGCAGCUUACAACAUCAGAAGACGUCCUAACUUCUAACAACAACAACAACAACGACAACGACAACAACAUUCUUCAGAUUGUUAA